AUGGCAUCACAGUGGUUGGGAGAUCUAAAGCUUUCCAGGGACACAUCUGCCACCAUCCUGAGCUCCACCGAGGUCCCCUCUGCUCCAGCUUCACCUGCCCCAGUGCCACCAAAGCCCCUGGGGAGCAGCAGUGCCCAGCCCAGGACUUCACACCCAGAGCCCACACAGCACCCAGAGCUUGCAGAGCACCCAGAGCCUGCAGAGCACCCAGAGCCUGCACAGCACCCAGAGCCCACACAGCACCCAGAGCUUGCAGAGCACCCAGAGCCUGCACAGCACCCAGAGCCUGCAGAGCACCCAGAGCCUGCAGAGCACCCAGAGCUUCACCCAGAGCCUGCACAGCACCCAGAGCUUGCAGAGCACCCAGAGCCUGCACAGCACCCAGAGCCCGCACAGCACCCAAAGCCUGCACAGCAUCCAGAGCCUGCACAGCACCCAGAGCCCGCACAGCACCCAGAGCCUGCACAGCAUCCAGAGCUUGCACAGCACCCAGAGCCUGCACAGCACCCAAAGCCUGCACAGCAUCCAGAGCCUGCACAGCACCCAGAGCCCGCACAGCACCCAGAGCCUGCACAGCAUCCAGAGCUUGCACAGCACCCAGAGCCCACACAGCACCCAGAGCCUGCACAGCAUCCAGAGCCUGCACAGCACCCAGAGCCUGCACAGCACCCAGAGCCUGCACAGCAUCCAGAGCCUGCACAGCACCCAGAGCUUGCAGAGCACCCAGAGCCCACACAGCACCCAGAGCCUGCACAGCACCCAGAGCCUGCACAGCACCCAGAGCUUGCAGAGCACCCAGAGCCUGCACAGCACCCAGAGCCUGCACAGCACCCAGAGCUUGCAGAGCACCCAGAGCUUGCACAGCACCCAGAGCCUGCACAGCACCCAGAGCUUGCAGAGCACCCAGAGCCCACACAGCACCCAGAGCCUGUAGAGCACCCAGAGCCUGCACAGCACCCAGAGCUUGCAGAGCACCCAGAGCCCACACAGCACCCAGAGCCUGCACAGCACCCAGAGCUUGCACAGCACCCAGAGCCUGCACAGCACCCAGAGCCUGCACAGCACCCAGAGCUUGCAGAGCACCCAGAGCCUGCACAGCACCCAGAGCCUGUAGAGCACCCAGAGCCCACACAGCACCCAGAGCCCGCACAGCACCCAGAGCCUGCACAGCACCCAGAGCUUGCACAGCACCCAGAGCCCACACAGCACCCAGAGCUUGCAGAGCACCCAGAGCCCACACAGCACCCAGAGCUUGCACAGCACCCAGAGCCUGCACAGCACCCAGAGCUUGCAGAGCACCCAGAGCCUGCACAGCACCCAGAGCCUGUAGAGCACCCAGAGCCUGCACAGCACCCA